CAGAUAAUAAAAUGAGAGAGCGUUCUGAUUAAGGGAUGAACACUAGGCGGGUGGACUUUGGAGGAAUGAUUAGGUAACGAUACAAGCAAAGAAGCAGAGACUCCAACUAUUGACUUCUUUUACCGUUGUAUUUUAAUUGCAAUUCAUAAUCAAUCUAAGAACAACGCUGAGGAAGCGCUGCGAAUAUGGCUUCAGAAUCAGGUCAACGUCCCAAUCCUUCUUGGUUUACGCCCAAAAGGCUUCUUUUGAUAUUUUGUGUCAUUAAUAUGCUAAACUAUGUGGAUCGAGGAGCGAUAGCAAGCAACGGUGUAAAUGGAAGUCUUGCUACUUGCACUGAUUCUGGUAUUUGUACUGGCGGGAGUGGAAUUCAGGGGGAUUUUAACUUGAACAAUUUUCAAGAUGGAGUUCUGUCAUCUGCAUUUAUGGUUGGACUUCUAAUUGCUUCUCCAAUAUUUGCUUCUCUGGCCAAAAGUCACAAUCCAUUUCGGCUUAUUGGUGUUGGAUUGUCUGUUUGGACAUUCGCCAUAGCUGGAUGUGGUAGCUCAUUUGACUUUUGGUCUAUUGCAAUAUGCCGAAUGCUAGUUGGUGUAGGUGAGGCUUCCUUCAUAAGUCUUGCAGCACCAUUCAUAGAUGACAAUGCCCCUGCUGCACAGAAAACAGCAUGGCUUGCUACAUUUUACAUGUGUAUACCAGCUGGGACAGCUUUGGGCUAUGUUUAUGGUGGAUUUGUUGGGGGCCAAUUCAAUUGGCGUGUUGCAUUCUGGGUUGAGGCAAUUUUGAUGCUUCCUUUUCCCAUUUUGGGUUUUAUUAUUAAGCCUUUGCAAUUGAAAGGUUUUGCUCCCAUGGAAUCCAAAUUUAUUGAAUCAAAUGUUUCAGAAACUGGAGGUGAUGACACAAUUGCUGAAGAUGAAGACUUUGUCAGAGGAUCCAAGUCAACAUAUAAAUUGUGGGAUCAGUUCACCAGAUUCUCAAAAGAUAUGCAGGAGCUUUUGCAUGAUCAAGUGUAUGUUAUAAAUGUUCUAGGGUAUAUAUCAUACAAUUUUGUCAUUGGAGCUUACUCAUAUUGGGGGCCGAAGGCUGGAUUCAGUAUUUACCAUAUGAGUAAUGCUGACUUGUUGUUUGGAGGUAUUACAAUUGUUUGUGGGAUUUUGGGUACAUUGGCUGGAGGCUUGAUUCUUGACAGGAUAACAUCGACCAUCUCUAAUUCUUUCAAGAUUCUUUCUGUAGCAACCUUUCUAGGUGCAAUCUUCUGCUUGAUUGCUUUCCUUUUCAGGAGCUUGUCUGGUUUCAUAGUCUUCUUUUCUAUCGGUGAAAUACUGAUUUUUAUCACCCAGGCUCCUGUUAAUUAUGUUUCUCUCCGUUGUGUAAAACCAAGUUUGAGGCCACUGUCUAUGGCAAUAUCAACAGUUUCAAUCCAUAUCUUUGGGGAUGUGCCUUCCUCACCGCUUGUUGGGGUCCUGCAGGAUCAUAUUAAUGACUGGAGGAAAACAGCUCUUUGUCUAACAUCCGUUUUCUUUCUUGCUGCUGGAAUAUGGUUCAUAGGAAUCUUUUUGAACAAUGUUGAUCGGUUUAAUGAAGAUGACGAUGACCAAACUGUGACGACUAGAAGAGGGAAAAUGAAGCCAUUGCUUGAUGGGAGCAGCGAUGCCUGCAAUCAAGCCUAAUUUCUCUUUCAGUUUUCAAAUUAAUUCUAUGAUUUAAGUGUAUUAGCUUCAAUUAUCCUGAUAGUUCCUUGAAGAUGGUAAAGUCGGUAGCAUCUUUACUACCAUCAAUCGUGUGGAAAAUAGUGGAUGGUAGUUUGAUACUUUGGAUAUAUGUCAUAUGUACACGAGGGGCAGAUCACCAUGUGAUGGCAAUAGUCUUUAAAAAAUUGGAGGAAAAGAAAAGGAUAUUGGACAACUUGUAUGAUUUGUUUUGAAAAGUCUGCUGAUUGCUACACCUUUUAUCAUAUCAGAUGGAACACUACCGCUGGAUCCACUCAUGAUGAUCAAUUUGUUGUUCUGUACAAUUUGUAACUAUUGUAAUUCUAGAGUCUUACCAUGAAAAAUAAAGUAGUAUCGGAUGUAUUGUGAUU